AUGCUGGGCCGCGCCCUCCUCACCAUCGAUAGCCUCGGGCUCCUCUUCGGGGCGUGGGUGGCAGACAUGAACGAAACCCACCAGCGGAACCCGCGCUGGCCACCCCAUGCGAAAUUCCACAACGCGCAGACCAUUGGGCUCAGCACGGUCCUGGGCAUGGCGACGCUGUUCCUGACGUGGAGGCCGCUGCUGCUGGGCCCGUCGCCGGCCAUCGACCGCUACUCGCUGAGCGUGGCCGCCUUCACCGGCUGUGUCUACUGGCUCACGGGCCUGACCGCCAUCUACUUCCCCGGCGCCGACGGGCUCGACCCCGAGUUUGGCGGGCCCGGCUUCCCCCAGAGGCCUAUCUUCCUGGCCUUCAUGAUGGCGGGUCUUGCCGGUUCAUAUCUGGAGCUGCGCUAG